AAGAAGCCUCCACAUCAUGUGCCACAUCCCAGUCUUCUGCUGGAUCACUGCUACAGUUCUGGAGGAUGCGCUGAAAACCAGAGAGGGAGGACAGCUGCCCAAGUCCCUGACUGAGAUGUACAUCCACUUCCUGGUGGUUCAGGCCAAAGUGAAGAAGGUCAAGUAUGAUGGAGGAGCUGAGACAGAUCCACAAUCGAGUCCAGAGAGCAGGAAGAUGAUGGAGUCUCUGGGAAAACUGGCUUUUGAUCAGCUGCAGAAAGGAAACCUGAUCUUCUAUGAAUCAGACCUGACGGAGUGUGGCAUCGAUAUCAGAGCAGCCUCAGUGUACUCAGGAGUGUUCACACAGAUCUUUAAAGAGGUGAGAAGACUGUACCAGGUCGAGAAUAAGGUGUUCUGCUUCAUCCAUCUGAGUGUUCAGGAGUUUCUGGCUGCUCUUCAUGUCCACCUGACCUUCAAAAACUCUGUAAUUAGUCUGCUGGAAGAACAACAAACAACAUCCGAUGAAUCUGAAACGGAAGAAUAUGCAGAGACAGACUUAUACAUGACUGCUGUGGACAAGGCCUUACAGAGUCCAAAUGGACACCUGGACUUGUUCCUCCGCUUCCUCCUGGGUCUUUCACUGCAGACCAAUCAGACACUUCUAGAAGGUCUUCUGACAGAGACAGGAAGUAGCUCACAGACCAAUCAGGAAACAGUCAAGUACAUCGAGAAGAAGCUCAUGGAGAUUCUCAGGAGGUGCCACCAACAGCUAUACCUCCUUAGGAAACUCAACUCCUUUGGAGUCAGCAUACCCAUCAUGAUGACUUUCAACUAUGCCUUCUUGGAAAGCAGCAUGACCUUCUCCAUCACCUGCCGGUUCCACUCCCUCAGCCUUCAGAACAGAAACAGACUGCAGCGCACUGCAUCAGUGUGCUCUAAAAUCAUUGGCCUGCCUGUCAAAACUCUGGCACAGGUUUUCAGCCAACAGGCCCUUAGACAGGCAGCCAAAAUCAUCAACGACCCCUCUCACAUUCUUCACCCCGCAUUUCAAUGGCUCCCCUCUGGGCGACGCUUCCGCUGCAUUUCCUGCAGGACUGAGAGGAGGAGAGCCGCCUUUGUCCCCAAAGCAACUCUGCUUUUUAACUCCAGCUGA